AUGAAGGCGACGACAGUGAGUCUCAAAGAGCUCGCAGAAGGGACUGUACCCUUUGGCACACUCGAGGAGGCAUUCGGCGAAUCCUCUCUGGGCAUUCUCGUUGUCAAGGAUCUGCCAACAAGAUAUACCGUCCUGCGCGAGAAGCUGCUGUCGUAUGCGUCAUACCUGGCGCAACUUCCGGAGCAGGACCUGGAAGCACUGACCGACGCGGCAUCCCAUUACGAAAUCGGAUGGAGCCAUGGCAAAGAAGCCCUCAAGGACGGACGGUACGACACGAUGAAGGGAUCCUACUAUGUGGACUGUCAGUCUUUCUUCCUGGAAAACCCCGUCGUGCCCGAACCCGGCAAACCGGCCACCAGGGGAGCGGGGACAAACCUGUGGCCGUCUGAAUCUGCCAUGCCUGGCUUUCGAGCCACCUUCGAAGAACUGUGCACCCUGCUGAUCGACACCGGGGUGCUCGUUGCGCGAGCCAUCGACCUAUACGCCAGCAAGCACAUCCCACAUUACCAGCCGGGGUAUCUCGAACAUGUCGUCAAGACCAGCCACACGCCCAAAGCUCGGUUGCUGCACUAUUUCCCGCCGCCCACGGACGCGCAAAGCCCGCCUUCGUCCCCGUCGGGGCAUUCUUCCAGCGCAUCAGACUCCGAAGAGGACUCCUGGUGCGCCACCCACCUUGACGACGGCUGUUUGACCGCUCUCACCUCAGCCUUGUACAUGGACGAGUCCAGCGCCUUGCCACCACUGACGGCGACGGCUGACGGCUUCCCGUCGUCUCUACCCAUACUGCGCGCAUCCCCGGACCCCAAGGCGGGACUCUACAUCCGCUCUCGCGGGGACAAGGUCGUGAAAGUCGACAUCCCCGCCGAUUGCAUUGCUUUCCAGACCGGCGAGGCGUUGCAAAUGAUCACGGACGGCAGGUUUAAAGCCGUGCCGCAUUUCGUCCGCGGGCCCAGCGCUAGCGGGUCGAGCAAAGCAGUGGCAAGGAACACGCUGGCGCUCUUCAUGCAGCCGGACCUGGAUGAGGUUAUCGACAAGGAGAAAGGGACGACGUAUGGUGAAUUUGUGGACAUCAUCGUGAAGAGGCAUUCAUGA